AUGCAACAGGCCUUAAUACAAACAAUCGAGCCCGAGGAAGUUCGAAAACAUGGCGUUUCAUUCCCUCAUACUGCCCAUUGCCUCGCUGACGGCAACAUUAUGAUCAGCACACUAGGAGAUGAACAUGGAAAUAACAAAGGCAAUUUCCUGCUGCUUGAUGGUGAUACUUUCGAGCCAAAAGGUUGCUGGCUUGACUCCGAUUCCAGCGUUCCUUUCAACUACGACUUCUGGUAUCAGCCACGUCGAGAUGUGAUGAUUUCAACCGAAUGGGGCACACCCAAUGUUAUCAAACAAGGAUUCUAUCCCAAGGAUGUUGUGAAAGGUCACUACGGGCACUCUGUACACAUUUUCAAAUGGUCAACACAUGACAAAAUUCAAACAAUCGACCUGCCCAUGACCGAUGGAGCUAUGUGCUUGAGACUAGGUUUCUUCACGAACCUACAAGUCCGUAUGCUUUUGCUGGAACAACUCUCGGCUCAUGCGUAUUCCUUUUUCAUCCCGAUCAAAUUUGAUCGAUUCAUCAAGGUUACGUAUAUUGAUUUUCAGAAGUUCGCUUCUACAAAGUAUGAUGCUAAAUGUGUUGUGAAGGUGCCAUCGAAGAAGGUCACUCUCAAGUUCACAAAUUCCGUCGCAAUAAAACUAAUUCAGGUGGAAGGUUGGCUUUUACCAGAAAUGCCGUCGCUUAUCACCGACAUCAUCAUCUCGAUGGACGACCACUAUCUCUAUAUCUCGAAUUGGAUUCAUGGUGACGUCAGACAAUACGAUAUCACUGAUCCCGAGAAUCCUCGCCUGAAUUCACAGAUCUUUCUCGGGGGAAGUAUUCAUUCCGAGAGCGGUGUGAAGAUCGUUCACGACGAAGAGCUGACGGAAGCACCUCCUGCACGAUACGUGAAAGGGAAACGUGUCGAAGGUGGGCCCCAAAUGCUACAACUUAGCCUUGACGGCAAACGUCUCUACGUGACGACGUCUCUCUACAGAAAAUGGGAUGAACAGUUCUAUCCGAAUCUCGUGAACAAGGGAGCUAUGAUGCUUUGUGUUGACAUCGGUUAUGAUGGUCAGAUGACGCUCAACGAGAACUUCCUGGUAGACUUCGGAGAAAUGGAAGGAGGGCCCUAUCUUGCCCAUGAGAUGCGCUAUCCCGGUGGAGACUGUACUUCUGACAUCUGGCUCUGA